UGAAAGUAGAUUCAUGAGAGAGAGAAAUAAAUACAUAGACGCAUGGGUCCAUUUCUGAGUAAGAUAUCAUAUUGCAAGCCAAUGCUGCUCUACCAGUCAGUCAUGCCCACACAAAAUAAGGCUAAACCUUUGACAGCCGCUGACUUCUCAGCCAGGGAGUUGAUAAUAAUGUAAGCCAUUGUUCAUUCAGGCAGGAUGUUGUGGUGAGGUCCAGUUACAUUACAAUGGAGAAGUAGAGCGCUAAAAAAGGAAGUAGGGAACCAUGGGGUCCUGGGGCCCCGGUCUGUGUGUGGUUUUGUGUUUCUGGGGAACAGUUAGUUGGAACACACUUCACGGUCACAUUGUUGGCCCGUGUACUGUCAAUACUGGCACGGCAUCAUUUAACUGCAGUUGGAGGAAACUGGCCCAUAUUCCAACAGAGAUAUGGAACAAUGCAACUGCACUGGACCUCUCUCAUAACCACCUGAACCUUACUAACCCUCAACACCUCAGACAACUACAGAGGUUGGAUCAGCUGGUUAACCUAAAUCUCUCAGGAAACUACCUCCCUCUGCUGGAGAAAGGCCACUUCUGCAGCCUGCCCUUCCUGCAGAUACUAGACCUCAGUGGUUGCCAACUGACCUCCAUGGAGGCUGAAGCUCUGCAGGGUUUACCCAGGUUAGGCAAGCUGUUUCUGGGGCACAACAUACUACAAGCCCCCCUGUCUGUUUCUGCUCAAACUAUAUCCUUCCUGGAUCUCAAUGGGAACCAAGAGCUUGACCAUGGCUCUGAUGAUACGUCGACAGGAAUUAGAAGACCAUUCCAUAGGAAACUGUUAGAGGUCAUUGAACAUCCCAGCCCAACUCCAGCUAACUCAAUGACUACAACUAAUGGCAGUGAGGAUGGUGGUCAGAGCCGUUUCUCCAAAAGCUGGCAGUACCUGGUAGCAGUACUGGUGUCGGCCAUCUCCCUCUCCCUCCUCAUCGCUGUCCUGGCCAAAUGCCAGCUGGUCCGCCGCUACCUGGCCAGUUACCGUCACACCCGGCUGAUCGAGGGGGACACAGCCAGCCAGUGUGACCCCAAUAGCCUGGAGGUAGGCUUCUCCAUGCACAACCAUGGUGGACAGGCACGGAGCCCCCACCCUGCUGCUGUCCCCCAGGGAGAGAUGUACAUGGAGGAUGAGGAGGAUGAUGAUGAUGGCUUCAUAGAGGACAACUACAUACAAGCCAGCGAGAGGGAGAGGGCUAAGAGGGCACUGGAACUGCAGGAGGAGGAGGAGGAUGACAUGGUAUUUUCCAUUGGCUAGAAAAGGUGGAAUGGGAGGGGAGAAAGAGGGGAGAGAGAAAUUA